AUGGUCUGGGAGAUACAAAUGAUCAGGCACCCUCAGCCGGUCAGCAACAAAUACGACAUGCUUCUCGAUCUUGGCCGGGGAGGGGGCGGCUUUAACGCAGGCAUCGCCGUUGUCACGCGCAGAUCAGACAAGCUAAUUUGUAUCCGCAAGCGACUCGUCCUCGGCCAGCUAUCGACGCCUCACCACUGGAAUAGAGAGGCAGACACCAUGCGCAAACUGCGAGGACAUCGGAACAUCUGCAGCUUCAUCGAAGCCAAUAUCGGGACAGAGAGUGGGGAGUUAUACGUCGAGUACUGCAAGAUGGGCACCCUCCACGAUUUCUUGCUGUACAUGAAAAGCAGGCUGCUGGUUGUACCCGAAAGGUUUGUAUGGCAAGUGCUGUUUGACUUGACCUCAGCGUUGUGCUGGAUGCAUGAUGGCAUUAAGACUGCAGCAGCUAUCGACCAAACGAGGGUGCAGACGUGCCCCAACAGCAUAUAUCCAAUGGUCAAGUUAGGAGAUUUCGGCCUUGCAAUCCGCAAGAAGGACUUCAAUAACUUGAGUCCCACCAGUAAAGCAGUGUGCGCUCCAGGUUGGUUCCCCCCAGAGUAUCCUCUAUGUGGAGAACGCAGCGACGUUUACCGCACUGCGGCGAUAGCCCAGUUGAUGUGCUUGCCCACCUGGGCCUUUGGUAUUGGCGCACAAGUAUCACCAUAUUACAGUCAAGGUCUGCGUAUUUGUAUCCAGACAGGAAUGCUCAGAAACAUCCACAAGCGUCCAUUCGCUCUGGAUUUUCAGAGGCUCAUCUCUAGAGAAUACACUCGACCGGAGGGCUUUCCGGUUCCCAAUGAUGCGUUCAGAGUCCUUCAAUUUUAG